CACAUUACUCUUUAAACUGUACUCUUAUGUGUAAUUUAGAGACUAAUUUGUUUAUCGCGAUAAAAAUAUACGAAAAAAUCGUAUAAAAUAAAUGAUCUAAUACUGUUGUGAAAUUAGUACCUGUUGAAUGCGCAGUAUAACGAUGGAUUCUCCGAUUGUGGCGAUUAAUGAAGGGAAAAUUCGAGGAAAAUUGAGCAAGGACCACGAUGGUGGAAAAUUCUAUUCGUUUUUAGGAGUUCCUUUUGGCAAACCUCCCAUAGGAGAACUUAGAUUUAAAGCUCCUCAACCCGUUGAAAGUUGGGAAGAUGUCAAAGAUGCCACAAAGGACGCAGAUCCUUGUUAUCAACAAUUCGCACCAGCGCCAGGAAUUUCUGCUGGUUCCGAAGAUUGCUUAUAUUUGAACGUUUAUACCAAAACAUUACCAUCCGAAGAACAAAAACUGAAACCUGUCAUGGUAUGGUUCUACGGUGGCGCCUUCAUCUACGGCACCAACGCCUCUACCAUGUACGCCCCGGACUAUUUAAUAACCAAAGACGUGGUGAUGGUGGCGAUGAACUACCGAAUAGGAUUCCUGGGCUUCCUCCACUUGAACGACCCGUCGCUGGACGUGCCCGGUAACGCGGGCCUCAAAGACCAACAGCUGGCCCUCAAGUGGGUCCAAAGAAAUAUAAAACACUUCAACGGCGAUCCUGACAAUGUGACGAUAUUCGGCGAAAGCGCCGGAAGCGCCAGCGUGCAUUACCAAGUGGUAUCUCCUUCUUCCGAAGGACUUUUCCACAGAGCCAUCAUGCAGAGUGGUUCUUUGCACAAUCCUUGGCCCUAUUGCCGAGACGACGGCCUGGAACUCGCCAGACUCGCAAAAGAUGAUGUUAUAGACGAAAAAGAAGCUCUGGAGGUCCUAAGGAGUUUACCAGUCGCCGAGUUACAUUCGUACCAACGCAAAUUUAUAGAGUCCAGAGGCGGCGAUUUGGGUAUAGUAGGACCCACGGUAGAAUACCCCAAUGAAACCGCGUUCAUAACCUCCCCACCUGCUCAAAUAAUAGCCAGUGGUAGGUACAAUAAAGUACCAAUUCUAUUGGGUUAUACGAAUCGCGAAGGGUUGUUAUUCGAGGCACUUAAAAGGAUCAGUGGAAAAACCGAAAUAAUGGAAGAAUCCAGUUCGAAUAUGAACUUGGAAUCGUUAGUACAUCCGCACAUGGGCUUGAAGAAAGACGAUCCCAAGAGGAAAAUCAUCGCGAAAAAAUACGCCGAGUUCUAUUUCCAAGGAGAAAACGCCAAGGAUAAAGUUAUGUUACUAACAGAUUUGUACUUCUUCGCUGGGAUUUUCGCAUCGUCCGUGCAUCACGCGAGAACGUCGGGACAGCCGGUAUAUCUCUACAGGAUGUCCCUCGAUGCCGGUUUGAACACAUUCAAGUUAUUCAUGAAAAUGGAUGAACCAGGAGCUUGUCAUGCUGAUGAUCUCGGUUAUUUGCUAAAAUCUUUUACUGGUGCCGAACCUCAAGAACUCGGACCUGUAGAGGAAAAGGCUAUGAGGAGUUUCGUGGAAAUGUGGACGAAUUUCGCGCGAUACGGUAACCCCACGCCCGAAGGGAGUAGUUUAAAUGUCACUUGGAAGCCUUUCGAAGAAAUUGAACAGAACUAUUUGGACAUUGACAAAACGUUGACUCUGUUGAAGAAACCCGAGGAAGAAAGGGUGAACUUUUGGAGGGAAAUAUUCAAACUCAGCCCUUCAACUGAAAAUUAUUUAUAACUUACAUGAAGUUAAACCUAUUGUAAGAUUCCGAAAUUAAAAUAAAAAACACUUUUUCCUCGUU